UGAAACCUCAGGGACUUAAACAACCCCUUUCUUUACACAUUGAGAACAAGAGAACAACAAAAACAGAGAUUUACGUGAUGCCUAUAGCUGGAGCCAUGUCCCACAUAAUACCCAAUCACAUUCUGAGGGUGGGUCAGAGUACCUGCCUGGACUCUGCUCGUGAGGUAGCUCUGGGGUGCAGUCCGAGCGCCAUGAUGGACCCCAACGGGAGUUGCAGUGAACAGGACGACCUGGACAUCUCCCUAGAUAACCUGAACCAGCUCAUUCUGGAACUGGACCCCACGUUUGAUCCCAUCUACUUCAACAAGAGGUCCCAGUCCAGUAGCCUCCACACAGAUGACUUCUCUCCAGAUGAAGACGUCUCCAGCUGUGUGGCCGGAGGCUGUUCUCCAAGGCACAUCUCCACCUCCGUCUCCCCCUCCUGCAGCAUUCCCAUCCCACUGUCCUCUGCUUCUGGCUCCAGGUGCAGCCCCCAAGGCUCCCUGGUGUUCUCUGACGCCUCCUCUCGCCCCCCACUGCCGUGUGGAAGUGUCGUCCGCCGGCGGCUGCCCUCGACGCAGGGAGGCGAUGUGGGCACGUGUUCAUCCCCGGUUACCCUGCGCAUGUCACACUCUCACAGGAACAGUGCCGUCUCGAUGGUCUCCACGUCGCCCGGCUCAGAAACCAGUUACAUGAUGGGCAGCUAUCAGUCCUUGCUCAGUGACAGUGAAGGCGACAGCCCCGAGUCUCUCCUCCUCUACCGCACGUCCAGCUCCUACAGCGACGUGUCCAGGUCCUCGACCAGGCCGUUCACCAACAAGCGUUCGCCGACCGGCCCAUCACCACUCGGCCACUUCCAGGGGAUCCACAGCAGCCCUGCCUCCCUGGCCGGUUCACUGACAGACAUCCCUGUGGUGUUGGUCAACGGAGCCCCAGAGCGGGAGCUCAGCCCCCAGUCACCUCCAGAGGCAAUGGUCCCAGACGUACAGAUCAAGCAGAGGCCCAGCUUCAGGCCAUCCUCGCCAUCUCCCUCUCACUCUUUGCAAGGCCAAUUCCACGGCAACCAGCACUCCAUGAAGUUUGUAAUGGACACCUCUCAGUUCUGGUUCCGCCCACACAUCAACAGAGUUCAGGCUGAGGCCAUAGUGAUAGAUAAGGAGCCGGGGACCUUCGUGGUGAGAGACAGCACGUCCUUCAGAGGCUCCUUCGGGCUGGCUAUGAAGGUGGACCAAGCGCCCGUCAACAUAUCCCCUACUGGCCAACCAGCGGAGGGCAGCUCAGAUCUCGUGAGGCACUUUCUCAUUGAAUCGUCGGCCAAGGGCGUCCGUAUCAAGGGCUCCUCACAUGAACCGUACUUUGGUAGUCUGUCUGCCCUGGUCUUCCAACACACCGUCACUCCGUAUGCCCUACCCUGCAAACUUCUGCUCCAGUCACAUGAUCUGAACAAAGGACAGGAGGGAACAAAUGACAGAUCAUCACCAGAAGACAAGACCAAGACAGUUUGCAAUUUCCUCUACCUGAGUGCAAUCCCCACUGAGACGUUGACAGGGCUGUGUGCUGUACAAAAGGCUGUGUCCUCCACCUUCACGAUGGACCAGGGCACCAUCACACCCACCAUAGUCAACCUGAAGGUGUCACCCAAAGGUGUCACCUUGACAGACAUCCAGAGAAAACUUUUCUUCAGACGUCAUUACCCUGCACACAUGCUCAGCUACAGUGGUGAAGAUCCAGACAAGAGACUGUGGCACAAGAGUUCCAAACCAGCAAGGAUAUUUGGUAUAGUGGCAAAGGGCACUGAAGCGGGUAGGGAGAAUGUGUGCCACGUCUUCGCAGAAUACGACCCUCUUCAGCCCUGUAAUCCGACCAUUGAGUUGAUACAGGGCAUAAUUUUCAAACCAUAACCUCAAUCUGUCCAGUAUGGGAAGGUGAGAUAAGACAACAUCACCAGACUGAAUGUUGGAAGCUCUUUACAUCACUACGGUCUACGAGGGCGCCCAGAGCAUCUUGGCAUUAAAUGUGGUCGGGAGUUUAGAAGAAUGCGCGAUGAAGAAUGAAUGAGUGUCCGGUAUUAGCUAUAGAGGCAAUGCUUCUAGAAUGCCUUGCACUAGAUUUGAGAUGUUAUCCAUUUUGAAAAUCCAAAUGAUGUAUGCAGCUGCAAAGAAAUACAAUAGGCACCUUUUACAUAGGCUGAAACACUCUUCUAACGAAGAUAUCGCUGACAUUGCCAAUGGGCAGACAGAUUGCCAACAACAACCUUUUUGAGCAGAGUCUGGUCAACAUGCGCACGGAUCAGGCCUGGAGAGAAAUCGGCUGUGACGCUGGGGAUAUUGGUCUUAUUCCACAGCAAUGCAGACUGCGAACGAAUAUUCAGUCUCGUUUCCAAUAACAAAACCCGGUAUAGAGUCUCCCCCAGUACAGACAUUCUGAGUGCCCUCGUUACCAAGGUUUCAAUGAUGGGCAGUGGAACUGUUUGCCACAGAGAAGUCUACCCUAAUCCCUGCUGCGUAAUUCUAAAUCCACUAGCUACCAGGCAAGUCUGCCUAGGAAAUGAUUUCCUGAACAUUUGAAGGUCUCUAGAAGAUUUUUUCUCACCCACUGUUUCCUAUCAUAGCUUUUUCGUUUGUACUGUAUUAUGGAUAAAAUGUUUAUUUGAUACUGAUGCUCUGCUUCAAACAUUUGUUAUUCGUAUCAUGUCAGAGUUUUUUUUAAAAUCGUGGAUAAGACGUUUGCACAUGUUGUACCUAAACAAAUAACUUGUUAUUUGUUUAAUAAAAUAAAAACUCAAAGAAUAAAGGCCCUUUGUCUUUCUAAUUAGUUAUUGUUAGUGACUUUUACCAUAUGUGUAAUUGGAAUGCUGUCAAGAAGGAAAGAAAGUAUUCCAACCUUGUAUAGACUUGAUUUGGUACAAUUAUAUAAUUGCGAUCAGACUCACAAACAGCGCGCGCAUGAACAUGUGGGGGGGAACCCCAUUUCGGCGCGUGCUACGCGCGCGAGUUGAAUCUCCAAUUUGACGCGCGCGUCUGGUACUCUAAAACGUUGGACAGGGUUGGCAGGUCUGCAAGUGAUUCCUGUUGCAGGUUUGAUGACCCACUGAGCCCAAAAAGCUUACUUUCCAUCAAAGCUAAGACUGUGGUGUCCGUUCAUGAAAAUGUGGUACCCCCAAUUAAUUUCAUACAAGGUAGGAAGAUACUGUAGAUUUCAAAAUCGAUAGGUCAUAUAGAUGUUACAAGCUAUAACUUUGGAUGGGAAGGGUUAGACAAAGUACACUACUGAUGUACUGUAUAUCAGUACCUUAUUUAAUAGUCAACCCCUGAUUAUGUGGAGGGCACAGUAACUGGAGCUCUCUUCAUUUCUACAGGAAACUGUGAUAAAUCUGUAGUAGUUAUCUAACGAGGUUGAAAAGCACUAGAGGUUCAUUAGAUAAGUAGAGAUAUCCUCUCGGGGACAAAUUCUAACUUGAGAUCCAUGUGUCACUUGCAUUUUGGCACAACUCUCCCAUCUACACUAAUGCAUGAGAACAUGUGAUUUAUGGGCAUGCAAGUUAGAAUUGGGCCCUAGUAUGGGUAAUUUGAUUAUUUAUAGCCUAUUGCUAUGCUUCAUGACAAUUAUAUUUUUUCCUGCACUAACUUUAUCAUAUCUAUUUUGUCAGAUGUUGUAUAUUAUUGUGUAUUGAAUACAAAACGUAUCUAUUUCAUAUUUUGUCAUGUUUAUUUUAUAUUUAGGAUAAUAAUAAACUUAAAGUGACAAGU